ACAGUCACCUCAACAGUUCGCGUCUCUGCUGGAUGCUGUGCUUGCGCUUGCAGAAGCCCUGUAGGAAGGUGAACGUCAUCCUGCUCAGUUUCUGCACGUUCUUCGGUUAGGCCAUUGGGUUUAGGGCUAAGCUACGAAAAACCCCCACUGCCCGUCACAUAUCACCCACAGCCAAUGCUCGCUCGCCGGGCAACUGAGCCCACUCCAUAAUAUUCACGCUUGACCGCACAAGCACUCGACCGACGAAUAUUCAAAACCCCUAGGUAAGCUCUUGAAAGCUUUUUUUUUUCUUGCUUUCUCCCAAUAUAUCUACGUCAUUCCGCCGGAAUUUACCUUCCAAAAACUCUCCGUGAGAAAUGGUAUUUGCUAACUUGGGAUGGAAGGCUAAUCCCUGGCUCUCGAAUUCACAACCCCAUCCACAAUCAUGUCCUCGAAUGUCAGCUCCGAUCUUAUCUGGGCCAUAACCAGGAAUAACUCAUCCUAUAUUGUGAAGCGUGGACCUGUCAAGGAUCAGAUCGUCUUCACCAAGGAGCCUUUGAGUCUCACGAACCAGCACACACGCAAGGUAUAUUGAAUUCUCCGAUCCUGGGAAGAAUGAGGGGCGGAGGAAAUUGAGGAUUUUGCAGAGUGGUUUGCUGACUGGGUUAUGCAAUAGCACUCUGGACUCGUGAACGAAAAGGUUGGCCCGACUGCGAUAACCUGCCUCUCAAAUUCUCAAACUGACUUGUCAAUUCCCACAGGCCGUCGGCGUUCAAGCUGGGGAGAGCGGAAAUGUUGUUCGUACGUUGGACUGAAGGAACGCCAAUAUCGGGGGCAUUUGCUGAUGGGGGAUGUCAUAGUAAUCACCAAGAGGAAUGCUGGGAAGCAUGGGAACAAGCCUGCCUCCCUAUGCAACAGGACUGCCUUCAGCAAGCACAAGAGCAACCGCAAGUAAGUCUUAAAUGUGGUCAAUAAAACUUUUAGUGGCAAACUGUAUCGGGCGCUGACAAACCGCCGCGACCAAGGAUCUACUCUGCGAUCGCCAGUACAGUUGCCAAGAGGUCCUACCGGUAGGUUCACUGAGAUGUGGGGCUAUCGGCUGUUCGGGGUGUUUGCUGACUCAUGUUCUUCCUUCUCCAGAGCUGACCUUCGCCAAGUACACUUCCCUCUGUGAUUCCUCCCCAAAGCUCACCAGGCUAACUGUUUUGUAGGCCGCUGUUGCCCGUGCUAGUGCCAUAAAGAGAUCGCAGAAGCCCGUUAAGGCUACUCCGGAAUCGAAGCCUAGGGGUGUCAAGGCCAAGAAGGCAGCGGAGGAGAGGGCUUCGUCAGAUUAAACUUUGAGCUGCGGUUCGGAGGAGGGGAUCGAGGAUGGAUUUCUGCGAACUAAUAGGCCCGUAAAUAAAUCGGAUUCUAAAU